UCCACUCCAUAAUUACGCAAACCAAAAAAAAUUGCCAUUUGCUUCAAUAACAAUGGUCGAUACAUCAAUUUUACGGCGCACGAUACGUCCCCAUCUCACUACUUUCCUCGUCAGCGCACGUUAGCAUCUCCAAGCGCUGCAUUAUCAUUGGCAGUUGCUCGUUGCAUAAAGGCGUUAGGUUCCGGAUUCGAGGGAGGUGUCGCCCACUCGCCACCGCCCUUACGUUGAUUCAAGGGGGAGAUCGUCGAAUUCCACAGAUCAGGCGGAUAUGGGCGAAGAAGAAGACUCCGUGACGGUGGAUCAGAACAGUUGCGACGGUGCAGAUUCGUCGACAUUGCCACCACCGCCGCAUCUAUCUUCCAAAGUGCUUACAUUGCCCACCGUGCUGACCCUUGGCCGUGUAGCCGCAGUUCCGAUCCUCGUCGCGACGUUUUACGUUGAUUGCUGGUGGGGGAGAACUGCCACAACAAGUCUUUUCAUUGCAGCUGCCAUUACAGAUUGGCUUGACGGGUAUCUUGCUCGGAAGAUGAGAUUAGGUUCUGCUUUUGGUGCUUUUUUGGAUCCAGUGGCUGAUAAGCUUAUGGUAGCAGCAACUUUGAUUUUGCUGUGCACGAAACCUAUGGACGCCGUUGUUGUCUUAGGACCAAUUCCGUGGUUAGUGACAGUACCUUCAAUUGCCAUUAUUGGUAGAGAGAUUACUAUGUCAGCAGUAAGAGAAUGGGCUGCGUCUCAAAACGGCAAGCUUUCCAAGGCUGUUGCUGUAAAUAGCUUGGGGAAGUGGAAAACUGCAACGCAGAUGAUAGCGCUGACCAUACUGCUUGCAAGCCGGGAUAGCAGUUUUGAGAGGCUAUUACCGUCGGGUAUUGGGUUGCUCUAUGUAUCUGCAGGGCUCUCUAUAUGGUCUUUAGUUGUUUAUAUGAGACAGAUUAUGAGAGUACUUCUAAAGAAGUAGCAAAAUUUUCUCUCUCUGGCUUUUGCUUUCAGUAUAUACACAUAUAAUGGAAGACUUGCCCAGCGUCA